AGUGACUACUAUACAUUGGGUGGUAUAAUUGUGCUGGUUAAUUAUGCCAUGCAUUAACAUAUUUAGUAAUCAUAAUAAUUAGGGUUUGUAGUCACUUAUAUUCUUACUAUUUGGGUAAGAGCCAGCCAAUAAGAAUGGUAGUUUUGUGAAAGUGAAAGGGGCAGGCAAGUCAUUUUGCUGCCUGAGCGCAUUGAGUUGAAAUUCUUGUACAUAAAAUACACUCCUUUUGGCCCUUCUCUCCCCAUUAGCAAGUCAGGAGGAAGAAGAAUAAGAAGAGAGGAAGGAACUGAAAGCACAGAGAUAUAUAGCAGAAGAAACUGGUUGGUGGGUAGUUCUUCUUUCUUUCCUUCCUUCUUUCUUCCUUGUGCUAUACUCAUUUCCAGAGCUAGCUCCUAUAUACCUUUAAUCUCCUUUCUUACUGCAUGUUCUUCAAGAACAAGAAGGAAGAAGAAAAAAAAUGCAAGUGGGUUUUCAGUUCUUCUGCUAUAUAUAGUACUCAUUUCCUGAGCUAGCUACUAACCUUAAUUAAUUAAUUAAUCUGGUCUCCCUCUCCUAUUCUUCUGAUUGUUCUUGGAGAACAAGAAGGAAAUGCAAGUGGGGUUUCAGUUCUUAGACAAAUUAAAGUAGCUGCUGUUUUCCUUUCUUCUGAGUUAAAACCCUUGCCUUGAAUUGUUCUUUCGUUUAAAGGGAACCAGCAGCAGAAGAAUGGGGAGAGGGAAGAUCGCGAUAAAGAGGAUAGAGAACCAGACAACUCGGCAGGUGACCUUCUCGAAGCGCAGGAACGGCCUGCUGAAGAAGACCCACGAGCUGUCCGUGCUUUGUGAUGCUCAGAUCGGUCUCAUCAUCUUCUCCAGCACCGGCAAGCUCUGCCAGUACGCCUCCGACCCCUUCAGGAUGGAGCAGAUCAUAGAGAGGUAUCAGAAGGCAACGGGCACCCGCAUCCCUGAGCUUGACAAUCGGGAACAAGUGUUGGGCGAGCUGGCGGUGCUGAGGAAGGAGACGAAGCAGCUCCAGCUGAGCAUGAGGCGCUACACCGGCGAGGAAAUGGCCUCCAUCCCUUUCCACGACCUGGAGCAGCUGGAGCAGCAGCUCGAACGCUCCGUCACCAAGGUCCGCGACCGCAAGAACGAGCUGUUGCAGCAGCAGCUGGAGAAUCUACGCAGGAAGGAGAGGAUGUUGGAGGAGCAGAACGGCAAUAUGUUCCGUUGGAUUCAGGAGAAUCGGGCAGCGUUGGAGUAUCAACAGCACCACCACCACCAAGCGCAGGUGGCUGCAGAAGCGAAGCCAAUGGAGCAUCAGCAUCAGCUUCUGCAGCAGCUACAAGAGCAGUUCCCAUUCUGCGGCGGCGAGCCCAGCAGCGUCCUCCAGCUCUCCACCAUCCCACCUCACUUCAGCCCUUACAAUCUCCAGCUCGGCCAGCCCAACCCUCUUCAUCCACCUCCUAGUUCCGCCGCUGACCUCUAGAAGCUUGAUCAUCGCCCAUCCAUCUCACAUCACAUAUAUAGCAUACAAUCUGUCUAUCUAUCUAGCUUCUCCUGAUUUCGAUUGUUGGUACACUUUGGACUACAUCC